AGUUGAUUUGUUCGAUAGUCAACCUGCGUGUUUACAAAGUUCUGAAUUUGAAGAGUGUUACUAAACACGUGCGAAAUGGAAACAUCGAAAAAAGCUCGGCAAGAAGUUUUAUUAACAGCUCAGCAAAUAUCCCUUGCUAAAGUUUUAGCAUCAAAUGAUAAAGCAAUACGUGACAAAGGCAUUAAAAGAUUAAGCAAAUGGAUAACUGCCAGAUCAGGUAGCAAAUUAGAAUUUACCAAACAGGAUUUGAUGACUAUAUGGAAAGGUUUAUUUUACUGCAUGUGGAUGGCUGACAAACCUUUGUACCAGGAGGAGUUAGCAGAACGAAUUGCAAAUUUAAUUCAUUGUUUUAAGAAAUUGGAACAGGGAUUACUUUAUGCUGAGUGCUUCCUUCUAACAUUGAGGCGGGAAUGGUUUGGAAUCGACCAACACCGUUUGGAUAAAUUCAUGAUGCUUGUUCGUCGAUGCAUACGUCAACUGUUUGCAUACUGCUCGUCGCACUCAUGGCCCAGUGAAACUUGUGAAGGUAUUUCAGGCUUGUUGGAACGGGGCAUCACAUCGUCUGCUGAGUCAUCCCCAUCGCUGGGUUUGUUAUUUCAUAUGGCUGACAUAAUACUCGAAGAACUGGCAAAAGUGGAAAGCCCUGAAAAGGGCCUUCAUGCUGUUCUCUUGCCCUUUGCUGCAUUAAUUGCUUGCAGUAAAGAUGGACGGAUUCGGCAGCAUGUUUCAGAAAGGGUGUUUCAUCACUUGAUCCAGCAGUCUCCACUUGGUAUUGAAUUUCAAGAAAAAUUUGAAGCCUGGAAACAGGCUGGAUUUCCAGGGAACAGUUGGCGUGACAUGGUACCAGUGGAUGUCAGUGAUAAUGAAGGUGAUGAACCAGAUGAAGAACAGGAUGAAAAUGAAAUUUCUUCUUCAGUGACUGGAGAGAAGCUUCUUGACCCUAGAGCUGGGAAGGUUGAUAUAGUGUUGCCAACUAUAGACUUUGAUGCUGUUGAAAUUGCUUCAUUACUUAAGUCACAAAUGCAGAAGGCUGCUAAUGUGAAACAGAGGAAGGCAUUGAAUGUUCUUGUAUCACAAUUUGUUACUCUUUCUAAUGGAAAGUAUCCACUUGGGUUUAAGAAACCACCAGGAUCCACAGAUCGCCUCAGUCGUGCUGACCACCAGGAAGAACUCUGGCAAGCAGCAGAAGAUCUAAUUGGAUUUGAAGAAGAUCUGCUGCAAAAGGACCCUAAUGAUGGUGUUGAUAACAGUAGUUCACAGCCACUCAAGAAAAGGAAGCGUCCUGAUGCUGAUGCUGAAACAGUUCAAAGCAAAAGAAAGAAGCAUAAAUUGUCUGAGGAAAAUUCAGAGCACCCACAUGAUUUGCAGAAAAGCAGUGGUGACCUAAAGAAACCAAAGAAAGGUACCCACAACUUGAAUAAAGGAAAGAAGUCUUCUACAGUUGUUAAAAAAGCUGGAGAGGAAAACCAGGGGAAUGAAUUAACAUUGGAGGGUAAUGAUAAUGUGACAUUUAACAAUAUUGUUGCAGACUCAAAAAGAUCUAACAGAAUAGUACUGUCUCAGAAAAGAAAUGAGAAUGAUUAUUUACCAAGUAAACAAGUUAAUGCUGGAGUGCCGUUAUCUGACAAACUUCUGAAAGGGAAGAAGAAAAGGAAACUUAAAGCUGCUCCUGUUGAACUGCUCACACGUACAGCUAGUAAUGCCAGUCAACCAAGGAAAACUAAACAGAGUAAACAGAAUAGUAAAGCAUUCAAUGUAGCACAGAAUGAUGAGAACCACUUCCAACAUUCUGAUCUGGAUUUAGUUAGUGGUGCAACAGACUGUAAUCAAAUUAAUAAUGUGCGUACAACAAAUACUGUUACAGGCGGUAGCAACUUUUUACUUGCUGCUAGGCAGAGUCCAGAAACACGUGCAAAAAAGAAACUAAAUGGCUCAAUCCAUGGAGAAGAAAUGGGUUUGUGCAUAGGAAAUACCCUCCAGUCUCUCAGAAAUAAUGUAAAUGUAACUAAGAUGGCCACAAGGAAGAGCCUGCCUUUACAGCAGACCUCUUCACCAUACAUCCCAAAGAAACGGAACAGUGUUUCAUCGUGGAUUGUAACAGAAGUAUCACAACCAUUUAGUAUGAACGCAACUACAAAAGAACUUCCAGAAUCAACCACUUGCACAGCUACAAAUUCUUUGCCAGGAACUGCACCAGAAAUCAUGAAGAGUUCUGUUAGAACACCGAAGAAAGAAAAGAAAGCAGAAAAUGAAUAUAGUACCAGUCCAAAUGAAAAUUCUUUGCUAACAACCACACUGGAUUCCAACAGCAGUUGUGCCAAAACACCAAAAAGUGCAAAGAAAGUGAACAUAGUUCUCAAUAAGAACAUAGCACAUGAUUUCCGUGAUUACCCCAAAGCUGUCAAACAGAGUCCCAGUAUUCCUUUUGAUGCCAACAAGAAACCAGUUCAGGGAGUGCUUAAAGCAGGUCAUUUACCAAGUCCUAUCAAUCCUUUCUAUAGAAAGUCACAAAGACUUAAAUUGUAACUGCUGAAAUUGUUUGCACUUAACAAUGUAUUUCUUGUAAUUGUAAAUACUUUUGUAAAGGACCUCAAUGUAAUAAAGCAAUAUUUUUAUUAUUUUAA